AUGCGAGUUCUCUAUCAAGGUGUGACGACGUCAUCCACGUUAAGUCCCAGUGACGGUUCUCAACUUCCGCACACUGUGAGCCAAACACGCGACGUCGGAGUCCAGGAUAGCUCUGGCCUCGUUUCUACAACACACAGCUCACCAGUAGCAGACGAAACUACAACUGCAGCAUCAAGAGCAGCAAUUGUGGCAACAGCAGUAACACCGACAACAACACCUGUAGCAAUAACGACAGGAGCAGAGCUGAAUUCACCUCAAGUUUCAGUCCCACCUCCAGCAGAAUCAGCCACUAACGAACAAAGCGAGGUAAGAGAUUUCAGCCAAUCGCAGGACUCCACUGGUGUGGCCACGCCCAGUUCGUCGAGUCAGAGUACACCAAGCGAAGGUUUGAACUCUCAACUGUCUCAACGCAAUAGCCUUGACCCUUCAUCGAGUAACACUGUCUCUUCAGUCUUCACUUCUCUUAGUCAUGCUCCGCCAAACACUCCCGGUGACGAAUCGUCGUUCGUUUCUCUGACCACGCCCCCUUCGCAUCAGUCGUCUCUCGCUACUUUGGAUUUAAGCGAUCCUGUCGCCAGCUAUACUGCUAGCGCUGUCUCCAGCAAGACGUCUUCCCACAGAUCUGAUGACGUCAUUACAUCUGCACACGUCACAGCGACACCUACAAGACAGAUGGUUGGUGAUUCCAUGAGUGGGUCCUCUCCUGCUGUCUCGGAACUACCAGCCUCCGAUACAGACAUGAUAUCUGCCUCCAUACAACUGCAGCCAUCAUCAUCAUCGUCGUUGCUAUCAUUGUUAUCGUCAUUAUCAUCACCAUCACCAUCGCCAACAGCAACAAUGGGUAUAAUAGCGACAUCUGUAGCAAUAUCAACACUACCACCACCAUCACCACCAUCACCAUCAUCAACAACAACAACUAUAACUAUAACAGAGUCACCAGCAGCAGAAGCAUCAAUAGCAACAAUAACAGAUUCGACGCCAUCUACAGUCACAGCGCACACGUCACACCUGACAGACGACAUCACUGCGUCAUCGACCCCUCCAACCAGCUCGCAGUCCGCCUCCUUUGACCACUCCUCGUCCAAUAUUAUCAGCCUCAACCCAUCUGGAGAAACAUCUCUUUCGCCAUCAGACUCAGGACUCAUAGCUAGUCACCCGACAUCUGUUCCGAGCGCUACAACCAACCUUCUAGACGGUUCAACAUUCCUUACAUUGGGGGAGAGCGAAAGUCACUCACUGGGCGAUUUGUCGUCUCAGAGUACCCCUGUUAUUCCAAGCCAUCUCGCUGUCCUUUCUUCCCCCGUCUACACACCUCACGACAGUCACAUGGCCAGCCUCAAAGCGACGGAGAGGGCAGAAGAGGGCGCUUCUCUACAGCUCACCUCCUACGUGCUUGAGGAUAAUAGUAUUAGCAGCAGUGAUAUGAGUAUGAGUAGCGCACAGGCCUCAAGCUACACACGCAUGAGCCAAGACGGAAGCGAAAGUUUGAUGAACUCACUCUACUCACAGCCAAUUACUUUCACGAACGUGCUUCAGGACAUCAGCAGUCCUGGGAUGUACUCAUCAUUGUCUAGCUUCACACACGUGCAUUCGGGCGACAGCAGCAGCAACAGCAAUGUAAUGUACUCAGGGGAAUCUUCUGACAUGUACGUGCUUUCGUCUGUUUCGAUGUCACAGCCAGGUCCGGUAGAAAGUUCUCCUACCAUUUGCAUGGGUUGCUCGACGAUACUCGAGUCUGAACACUCCGAGUACGGAUGCACAAGUUGUUUACCAUCCGGCAUGACGUCAAUGGUAGAACAAACUAGCAAAGAUGCGGCCCAAACACUCCCGGUCUCGUAUGAAACACUCUCUCUGCCGUUGCAGACACACUAUGGAUCCUCACUUCCAUUCACUUUCUCAGCCGAAUCGGACCAGGGUACCGUAGCAGGAACCUCGUUCUUCACACCAAGUCUCACAACUAUAUCGCCUAGCCCUUCGAUCCGGAUCGACGUCUCCCCAGUCUUUCCACUGAGUGAUACCAUUUCGUUACACUCUGAUUAUGUCCAGAAUGAAAGUUCUCUCUUUGCUGGCACCACGCAACUUGAACUGAUGACGUCAGUCUGGUUAAGAUACAGUAGUGUGUUGGAGUCGUUCGUUAGCUCCGGCAGCGCAACGGCAUUCAUCACUUCUUCUCCCACAUCAACCGAGUCGUUGUUUUCAGAUUUGAUUCAGUCUGACAGCAUAGAGACUUCUUCUAGCCCCGACGGACGCGAAGGCUCCAGUUUCUGGUCACUCCACUCAUAUGUGAUAACGCCAUCUUCAUCCUCAUACGUCACAAUAUCCAGUCCUGACGUCAUGCCCACUUCACUGGACCACCUCGCCAGCAGAACAACACUUCCCGUGACGUAUACUGUAACCUCGGAGCCAGUAGACGCCACUGUUUCAGCCUCAGAGAGGCCGGGGCCGUCCAUUUCACCAUCAAGACCGACCACAGUAGUGCCCUCAACGCAGAUCAGAAAUAACGACACAACCAUCAUUCCGGAAGAAAGUACUUUCACUUUUUACUUUGACGGAGACUGCCAGAAAUUUUCGGCUCAAGCUUCGUCUAGUGGCGUAUUUAACAGCGAGUUGAGAAGGCUCAUUCUGAACGCUUCGAGGCUGGAUGACGUCAGAAUUACAGUUAAGGCUGUGAGUUGCAGUCCAAAUUUCUUCACUGCAACCAUCAAGCACACAGACAAAGCAGAAUUACUCAAACGAUUGGAUCUACUAGUUUCACGUUCCCUGCUCACCUCGAACGUGACAUUUUGCAGCGACAUUGACCCGGGCCAGUGCACUGUAAGGUUGACCAAGUACGAGUUAUACGAAGCCAAAGUGUUUCCACGGUCACCGGAAGAUGACGAUCAAGCGAGAGCGAUCGUUCUAUCAGUGGCUGUGUCUGUCUGUGUGUUGCUCCUAGCAGCAGGUGCGCUGGUUUUCGCCAGAGAAAUUUAUAAGAAAAGAACCUCACAAGACUUGGCAGCCCAGAAGAAAAAAGAUAAACGACAACGGUCGGAGAGCGUUGCUCUGCGCAGCUUCCCCACGCAGACUGCUAUUUAUAGCACGGUAGAGAUGACGGAGGAUGACCCAGCCUACGACACGCAUUCUGAGGCUCAUCUGAAUCCGGCCUUUUCCGAUUCCUUAGAUCGCCGUGUCACGAGCCUGAUCCAAGCCAAAAGUCAAACCCCGCCCCCAGAAUUUGACCCCGCCCCUAACGCCGAUGACUCCGCUCCCCCUGGUGUGAGAGGCGGUCCAUUCAACCUUCCGCCGUCCCGGGCCUCAUACGGCCUAGUGAUUGGCUUGCUUGGCGUGAACAAGAUGGCGGACAAUGAAGCUCACCACUACGCGGUGCCACACAGAGUGGGCCGGCCACAGAAUCGAGCGGACUCGGAAUCGACAGGAACCGGAGGCUUGUCUUCGAACAAACCGGCGGAUGAAUCAUCUGGUCAACCACUUGACCGGGACAAUAGUGAUGACGUCACCUUGCCCAGACCACGAUACUUGAAGCGUGCAAUGACGUCACCAGCCGACUCUGGGUCUAGUGAGAAUCUUCUGCCACGUGGGAGUGGACGGGAACAGGCGAGGGCACGGAGUGUAACCGGUAUCGAAAACCCGUUGGCGACUAGAACUGGUUCAUCUGACAGUGUGCUCAUUUGAUUUAAGAAAUAGAAACAGACCCUUUCAUUAUGAUAUUAUAAUUACUACUCAUAGGCAUAUAGGAGGUUCAAUUCCCGAAUGGAAAAAAAAAUCUUUAUCGAGUAUCUGAUCGGUCUUUUUGCUGGGGUGUUGUAUCCCACUCAGCCUUGGUUGGCCCUCAAAGGCAGGAUCGGAAGUCCACCUCAUAAAAGAUCUAAAUCUGUCCUCAGAGAAAGUUGCAUUUGAAAAUAGCAAAAGUUGCAAAAAGUUGCAA